CAAAAGCAAUACUUCUGCCAAGAUUACAAUCCAAACAGACACAAAUUAAAUUAAAUAACAACAAUAAAUUAUAAUAGAAAACAGCAGGUCUAUUUUAAAUUAACCUAAAGCUAUUGAGUAAAUCAAACACCUUUACACUAGCGUUAUUGUAUUUGACAAUUUCAGUGACGUACGACUUUGAAGGACUGUUAAAGCAUGUAUAACAUAUAAUAUUGACACAUAUUUGCCAGAUUGAAAAGUUACAUUUCUCAUGAAAAAAAAGAGCAACACAAUUUACACAAAGGACAUUUUCUGACACAUUAAUUGAUUAAAAUAAAGACACAAAGGACCAGGUGGCCUGUCAUUAUUACAGAUGUAAAAGUGUAAAAAGUACUGUGGAUGAUGAGAGGUGUAUGACGUAAUAUAUCUGACGCGAAAGUAUUGUUGUGCUCUCGCGAACUCUCGUGUAUUUACGCGAGAGUACCCCGGAAAUAGUAGGCGCGAAUUCGACCAGCAGUCCGUGCUUUGGUCCUCCCUCUCAAACAGCCUGUGUUUGCUUGCGACUGCCCGAAGCUACUGUAGGUCAGAAGGCUAGAUGUGUUAAGUUCAAGAGAUGUCGAAAAGGAAAAGCAUCAAUGUCAGCGACAACCGCAACAAACGGGUAAGACCUGCUGCGGAGGAAGACGUGGAUGAUGAAAGUGAUCUUGAUGGAGACCGGGAAGAUGAACAGUCUUCUGGAGAGGUGGUGAGCGAUGCAGGGAUUGUGGAGAGCAUCACACUGAAGAACUUCAUGUGCCAUUCUCUCCUUGGCCCCUUCACUUUCGGUUCCAAUGUCAACUUUGUGGUCGGCAACAAUGGAAGUGGAAAGAGUGCCAUUCUGACAGCUCUCAUAGUUGCCUUAGGUGGGAAUGCACAUGCCACAAACAGAGGAUUAUCCCUCAAGGGUUUUGUGAAGGAAGGAGAAAGCUCUUCUGAUGUAUCGAUCACCCUGCGUAACAAAGGAAAGGAUGCUUACAAACCUGAAGUGUAUGGUCAAGCCAUCAUUGUAGACCUGAGAAUAACACGUGAGGGCUUGAGAACCUAUAAACUGAGGAGCAAAUCAGGCCAGCUUGUCUCAACCAAAAAGGAAGAGCUGUUGUCUAUUCUGGACAGUUUUAACAUACAGGUCAACAAUCCUGUGUCAGUUCUCACUCAAGAGAUGAGCAAGUAUUUCCUACACUCAAAAGGAGAGGGGGAUAAAUAUAAGUUUUUUAUGAAAGCUACCCAACUGGACCAGAUGAGAGAGGACUUUGUUUACAUCAAAACCACCAAGCAUGGCACAGAGGAUAAAGUUAAUCAAAAUAGUGAAUGCUUGAAAGACUUGAAGCGGAUGUACCUGGAGAAAGAGGACCGUUACAAGAACAUGGCGUCGUUGGAUGAAAUGCACACCAAACUGGAGGAGUUGCAGAAGCAAAUGGCUUGGGCUUUGGUGAUUGAGAUGGAGAAGGAGUUGGAGCCAAUACAAGAGAAGCUGAAGUCAGGCAGACAUUCUACAGAGAAAUAUGAUGAGAAGGUGGAUGAAUGGAAGAACAAGGUCGAGGAGGCUGAGGGGAAAUCCAGGCAGAUCCAGGAACAGUUAGAGGGGAUCACACAGCAAGUCGGGGAGCUUCAGCCCAAAUGUGCCGAGCUCAAGGCUGAGGCCCAGAAACGGAAUACCCUUCUCAAGUCUAGCGAGGUCACUGUCCACAGAUUCAAGGCUAACCUGAGGGACCUGGAAAAGGACAAGGUUCAGCUAUCAUCAAGGAUAAACGAUCUAAAGUUGAGCAUCAGUCAGACAUCAGGAGCGGAAAGCCAGGCCAAGACGGAGCGUAUGGAGCAGAUACAGGCUGAGCUCGAAAACAUGAUUCACCAGAUCUCUACUCUCGGCCAGCAGAUUGACCAGUAUCAGCAUGCAUGCAGCCGUGCCAAGGAAGAACAAGGAAAGAUGAGGAGAGAGCAGGAAGUGCUCCAGAGGUCCAUGGAUGCCAACAUAAGGAACCUGCAGACUAUGGAGAGCAGUCGGUCCAAUCGCCUGCGGCGUUUUGGAGAGCACAUGCCUUCACUCCUCAACGCUAUCCAGGAAGCUCACAGAAGGGGCCAGCUUAAGCACAAACCUCGGGGACCUCUGGGUUAUCUCAUUAGCCUGAAGGACCCAGAAUUCGCCUUGUCUGUUGAAGUUUGUCUUAAAGGGCAACUGCAGGCCUUCACUUGUGAUAACCAUGAGGAUGAGAAGGUGCUGCAGAGCCUCAUGUACAAAAUGUUCCCAACUGGCCGAAGACCUGCAAUCAUCACAAGCAAUUUUCUUUCAUCGGUCCAUGACACAAGAAUGAGAGGCGUCAAUCAUCCUGAAUACCCCUCCGUGCUUCAAGCGCUGGACAUUGAGGAUCCCGUUGUGGCCAACUGCUUGAUUGACCAAAGGGGAAUAGAGAGCAUUCUACUCAUUAAGAAUCGAACAGACGCUCGGCGAGUGAUGCAGAGCAGAAACCCUCCUCAGUACUGCACCCAGGCCUUUUCCAAGGAGGGCGAUCAGAUCUUCAAUAGCCGGAAUUACGCAGCUGAGCAGACCAGAGCCAAUUACCUCUCAGGAGAUCUUGAGGAGGAGAUUAGGCACUUGCAGAUGGAGAUAGAAAACCAGAAAGCUCAGGCAUGUCGCUUCCUGCAGCAGAUGAAAAGGCUAGAUGAUGACAUCAAACAGAACGAAGGGCUGCUGAGAAGAACCCAAGUAGAGCAGAGGACUACCAAAGACAAGGCCACAAAGCUACAGCUGGAGCUGUCAGACCUACAAAAUAUGGAAGAGCCUCAGUCAGAGGACCUCAAUCCCUUGGAGGAAGAUCUUCAAGAGAUCGUUUCUAAGAUCUCGUCCAAGCGUGCCGAGUAUGAUGAGGCCCGAGCUCAGAUGGCUGAUUUCAAGGCAUCCUAUGAGAAGGCAGAGCAGGAGUACAAGCAGCACAAAGAGCAGAUCAACACUGUCGCUGAGGACGCAGAUCCUGUCAAGGAGGAGCUGAGUAAGGCUGAUCAGGAGGUGAUGAAGUGCAAGCAUCACAAGAAACACUAUAACGAGAAACGCAGCGCCCAUCUGCGCAACAUUCAGACCCUUGAAGCCAACGAGCAGAGCAAAGAGCAGGAGCUUCAGACAUCUGUGGCCAAGGCCACGACCAUCUGUCCAGAGCGCCUGGACGUCAGACGGACAGCCAGGAGUCUAGACAGUGAGAUCACCCGUCUCAAGGUGAAGAUCACUACCCAGCAGGAACAACAGGGGGACCGCGAGGACGUUGUGAGGCAGUAUCAUGAGGCUCUGGAGAGCUACAAGAACAUGACGCAGCAAAUGAAGUACCUCAACAGCUUCAUCAAAAGUCUCGAUAGUGUUAUGAACCACAGACUGCAGGUGUAUGCUGAGCUCAGAAGGUUCCUCUCGGCUCGUUGUAAAUACUACUUUAAUAGCAUGCUGGCCCAGAGAGGAUACACUGGAAGUAUGGCCUUUGACCACAAGAAUGAAACCCUCUCUAUCUCAGUAAGACCGCACUCGAGCCUCAGUUUCUGCUCUGAUAAUCUCCAUUGAAGUGUUAUUCUGUGUAAUGCUGCGUUCACACCAAAAGAAGAAAAAACUCUGGAGUUUACUCGCUUGACUUUGUGGCUUUUUGUGUCCCUCGCUUCAUUCCGCCUUAAAGGGGGUGGGGCUUAUCUCUGGCUUUAUUUCAUGGAAACCGUUAUCAUCUCCAACAUGGAAGAACUAACCACUAGUUCUGCUUUAUACUUGUUGAGGACAUCUCACACACUGCUUCUUCCAGCGCCCUUAGAGUAGCAGUCAGUUAGAUUCACCAACGGUGGAGCGUCUCAACGCUGACUGGCUUUCGCAACUUUGCGUCGGCCGAGUUUUUCGCCAAAGUUGAAAUAUUUAAACUUGAGGCGAAUUUUCGCGUCUAUCCCAACCACUCACGUCUGAACGUUGACUCCGCAUGGGAUCUACUCGCGCGAAAAAAACGCUUUUGGUGUGACCGCACCGUAACACCUUUC